AUGACCGCCCCGUCCAAGCCAAAGCAAGCGCUCGAUUUCGACGGCGCCCUCUUCCAAGAACUCCAAGGCGGUAUCAGCGAUUCCCACCACUCGCUGCAACGUCUGUCGUCCACGACAACGGCUGCGGUCCCGGCGCACUUCCCAAGCAGUCUCAAGAUCCACGCCACAGACGUAAACCCCAUGUUCCUCGCGCAACUGCAAGCCAAUCUCACCGACAAGCCCUCGUGGCCAGUCAAAGUCGAGACAAUGGACGCCUGCAACCUCAACUUCCCAGACAACACCUUCGAUUACUCCUUCAUCAACUUCGUCUUCGCAGGCCUUUCUGACGACGGCGGCGCCGCCUCGCAUAUCCUACGUACUUUGAAGCCAGGUGGCACAGGCGUUAUUACUGGUUGGGCAGAAAUGCCAUGGCAAAUUGCGCUUAAGAACGCGCACUACAAGACACGUGGUACGGAGGAGCCAAUCGCGCCUUUUCUGAGCAAGAGUUGCUUUCAGAAGGAAGAGAUUGAGCAAGCCACCAGGGCGGCUGGGUGGAAGGAUGUCAAAUAUGUGCAGAAGGAGGCGUCUCUGAAUCUUGGUACUGAUCUUAGGCGAUGGGCGUCUAUUGCGUGGACCUUUUUGGGGACGCCUGUCGGUGGAUGGCAGCAGCGCGAUGAGAGGAUGUGGGAGGAGGCGCUCGACUCUAUCGUGGAAGAAUUGCCUCGUAAUGAGUGGUCCAAGGUUGAGGGUGGGGUGAAUAAGAUAAGGAUGGUUGCUGAUGUUGCGAUUGCGAGGAAGUAG